ACUACUGUUUCUCAUUUCUUUUCAUUACCAUUUCCAAAGCAAGUAAAAAAAAGCAAAAAAGCAAAUAUGAGCGCAACAAGCAGAGCUUGGAUUGUGGCAACAAGUAUUGGAGUUGUAGAGGCUUUGAAAGAUCAAGGUGUUUGUAGAUGGAAUUCUGCUUUGAGAUCAAUUCAACAUCAUGCAAAGACCAAUAUCAGAUCUUAUUCACAAGCCCAGAAAAUCCCAAGUGCUUAUUAUUCAUCUGCAGUGGCCAAGAAGUUGAAAGAUGAGAAAUUGAAGCAAUCUGAGGAGUCUCUUAGAACAGUCAUGUAUUUGAGCUGUUGGGGUCCCAAUAAUUGA